AUGGAUUUGAUGGAUGUAGACGGGGGCCGUAGCUGUGGAGAAAAAAACUGCGGCCUUACGUCCGGCUUCCCGGAGGACUGCUCCAACCAAGAGUGCCACUGGGAGGAACCUAUGUUUGGACUGAUUGAAUUAGUGUGCGUGACUGUGAUUUACAUCCCCCUGAUGUUAUUUGGCCUCCUGGGAAAUAUACUAACAAUUCUGGUGGUUUGGCUGCGUCCACACAUGAGAACCUCCACCUACCUCUACCUGAGCAGCAUGGCUGUUAGUGAUCUGCUGAUACUCCUGCUGCUGCCUCUGGAUUUAUAUAAGCUCUGGAGGCCCCGGCCCUGGCCCCUGGGAGACCUUGCCUGUAAGCUGACUAUGUUCCUCUCAGAGUGCUGCACCUUCUGCACCAUCCUCCACAUCACCUUCCUCUCCCUGGAGAGAUACCUGGCAGUCUGCUGGCCGAUCACAGCCAAGACAGUAGUGACACGGCGCAGAACCCGGGCCAUCAUAGGCUGCCUCUGGCUGAGUGCGGCUGUGAGUGCCGCACCAGUGCUGGUCAUGGUUGGAGUGGAGGACGUUGGACGAGAAGACCUCGGGCUCAUCCAAUGGAAAGAAGACGGGGGGUGGACAGGCAGGGAAGGAGAUCAGGGAGGGUUUACGAUGGGUGGAGGAGAAAAAGAAAGCAGACACAUGGAUGGAGGCCCAGAGGAAAUAAAGUGGGGUGAAAAAGAGACAAAGAGUUGGGAGGAACGAGCUGGUGAACUGAAAUGGAUCGGAGAAAAAGUAGAGACAGAAACAGCAGAAGUAGAUAACAGGCCACCGGAAGACAAAGACGGAAAGAUGGGAUUAGAGGGAGAGCAGCAAAACAAAAAGGAAGACGAGGGAGGAGGACUGGACGGAAGCUCCAAUGAAGGCCGUGGGGGAGAGACUGACAAGAGAGAGUGCCGCUGUACACAUUUUGCCAUCUCCUCUGGCCUGUUGUCAGCCAUGAUGAUUCUCUCCAAUUUGUAUUUCUUGGUACCUCUCUGCAUUCUGGGAGUGGUAUAUAGUCUGAUUGGGCGCACACUGUGGCUCCGCCCAAAAAGCAGCCGUAGAGACCAGAGUCACAGGAACACUGUCAAAAUGCUGGGAGUGAUCGUCUUGGCGUUCGUCUUGUGUUGGCUGCCGUUCCAUGUUGGUCGAACCAUAUUUUCUCUUUCUCUGGGCACUGGGACUGAGAGACAGGAAACUUACCUGGACACUAACUCCCAGUCAGACACUAUCACGCAUUAUUUUAAUCUUGUGUCCUCCGUGCUCUUCUACCUCAGUGCCGCCGUCAAUCCUUUAUUGUACAACCUGAUGUCUGCCAGAUACAGACACGCUGUACGCAGCCUCAUACGCACACAGUCUCACGCACAAGCUCGUCGCAUGCACACGCUCACCGUGCACCACUCCACAACCACUUUGUGA